AUGGCUUCUGCGAGAGAAGACGACGAUGAUUCGAAAAUUAGGGUUUCUGAGAGGGAGUUGUUGAAGGGCGUCGUUAAUUCGAUAUCUGAGGACCAAGAGUUCGUUGUGAAGCUCAAGAAUGGCGAUGAUGGUAGUGACAGCGAUGCAUACCGGCAUCCAGUCGUCGUCUCUUCAAGCCAAACCUUUGAGAGCAUGUGCGUACAAGUCUGCAGACACCUAGGUUUUGCUCAUCUACUUCCCGACGGCUCUAACCCCGAUUUCUCCACUGUCAUCCCCAAUUUGAAUCUCAAAUCGACGAUUCUCAACUGGUGCGACUCCUCCCGUACCGAAUGCCCUCAGUUACCAGAUUACAGCUUCGUCGAGACCACGGUUUGUGGGUUAAUGUCUUCUGCGAGAGAAGAUAACGAUGAUUCAAAAAUUAGGGUUUCUGAGAAGGAGUUGUUGAAGGGCGUCGCUGAGAAUCCACCUGUUUUGUUCUUGCACGCGGUGACUGAAUUGAAUCACCGAGCGAACCAUUUCUACUCGUCGAGUUCUGAGGAAUCGGUGAGCGCGAACGUUCAAUCGAAUCCUCUGCUUCUAUUCACGACUCGGCCGAUGUGUUUCUCGCCAUCGUCUACUUCGAAUUCAUCAGAGAUCGCUGCUGAUGAAACGCUAAACCCUAAUUCGAUCUCUGAGGACGAAGAGUUCGUUGUGAAGCUCAAGAGUCUGGACGUGUUUGAGCAAGAACAAGGUCUGAUAGCUCUGCGAAAGCUCACGAGGAUGAAGGAAGAAGCUAGGGUUUCGCUGUGUACGCCUCGAUUGCUCUCCGCCCUCCGACCAUUGCUGAUCUCGAGAUACGACGCCGUGCAGACCAACGCCACCGCCGCUCUCGUCAACCUCUCUCUCGAGAAAGCCAACAAGGUGAAGAUUGUACGUUCAGGAAUCGUCCUCCCAUUGAUCGACGUGUUGAAAGGCGGUUUCGCCGAGUCGCAGGAACACGCCGCCGGCGCGCUCUUCAGCUUGGCUGUGGAAGACGACAACAGGACAGCCAUCGGCGUGCUCGGCGCGCUGCAGCCGCUUCUGCACUCGCUGAGGUCAGAGAGCGAGCGGAGACGCCACGACUCGGCGCUGGCUCUGUACCACCUCUCGCUGGUUCAGAGCAACCGAGUCAAGCUCGUGAAACUCGGCGCCGUACAAUUGUGA